UGUUGUUAUAUCAGUUCUCUCUUGGCAGGGUAACUGCGGUGAUUAACGUUGUCAAAAAAAACCCCUCUCCUUAUUGGGCAUGCGCACCUUCUUAGCGCAGCUUGUAGUUUCCUUCUGCGCCUCCCGCCCUGCCAUGGCGGUGAGAGUCACUGCACCUCCGGAUAAAAUGAUGCUUCUCACCCAAGGCUGAUGUGAGGGGAGGUUUAUUAACGGUAGCGAAGCACCCGGCUCCCACAGCGAGGGCGGCGGAAGAGACAGGGCUGCAGUGAAGGGCUGAGGGUUUGCAGGUGGCUCUGGACCAGCCCCGGGCUACGCGGUGCCCGGCUGUUUUCUGCCAAGCAGCGGGUCCCCCGCGCCGUCUCCAUUUCUUCCUCCCACCGAGAUGCGCUGGUGGGCGGCAGCGGAGAUGUGGCCGCCGCCCCUCCGGGGGCGCAGAGCGGGGCAGUCCCUAAGCCGGGCUCACCGGGGCUCUGCCCUCCGCUGCCUCACGCUCUCCUGACCGCACGCGCUGACUCGGGAGCCGGGGGCGGCCGGGAGACCCGCCUCUAGGAGAGAACGGUGCUGGGCAGGGUGACGUGCGAGGCAGCUCUUGAGACCCGCUCGGACCUCGCCCUCUGGCCUGCAGCCACUGCCUCUAGGUGCGCAGCCCGGCGCAAAGGCGCCAUUUUCUCCUCGCGAGCCACCCGCCUCUCUAGCGGGGUGAUGUGAGGUCAGGGAGCCCGGGUCCCGCUGCGAGCGCGUAGCAGCUCUCGGCGCCGCUGCAGGGAGGCGCUAAAGUGGAGAGGAGUCACAAGGCGCCGUGGGGGACUGCGCAUGCCCAGUAGCUGCGAAGGAGAAUCGAGCCCAGCCGCGGCGGCCUGUAGUAUACACUGGCGCACGCGCAAUGUAGCGGGGCUUAGCCGGUCUGUUGCCGGUAGGCUCUGGCGACGCAUGCGCAGUGCUGGCGGCGAGGGAAUCACAGGCCUGGCUGCUGCUGGAGGAGGCGCUGGGCUGUCGGUGGGGUUGGGACCAGGCGCAGGAAGCAGAGUCCCGCACACUGCGAGCAGCCCCAGGCGGCGCGCGGAGCCGGUUGCUGAAACUGAAAAGCAGAGUGCAGCCAGUACCUGACAUUUGCAUGGAACUUUUGGAAAAUUACUGCAAUGCUGUAAAUCAGAAUCUCAGUUAAGUUUGUGCAGAGUUUAAUGCUCUUCUGUAGAAGAGGAUUGUUUAAACCCACGUUCAUCUGAAGGAUCAGUGUUUAUCCUAAAUAUCAGAGUUUAAUGUCCCAAAAAGUAUAAGAGGCAGACAUACAAAUGUCUACCACAAGAUUAAAGUGUGACAUGUUAUGUUCUUUACCAUAAGGACCCAUAAAAUGAGCACCAUUACAGACAGACAUCAGGGGGUUCCUGUGGACAUAGAACAGACAAACGAGGCCCUUCCUUUCCGUGCUGUGCUUCAUUCUCAUCUAAGGCAGAGAUGAUGGUAGUAUUUUUGAUGGGCUGGUGGAGGAAGAUGACAAGGAUAAAGCUAAAAGGGUGUCUAGAAACAAGUCUGAAAAGAAACGUAGAGAUCAGUUUAAUGUUCUCAUCAAAGAGCUUGGUUCCAUGCUUCCGGGUAAUACUCGGAAGAUGGAUAAAUCCACUGUAUUGCAGAAAAGCAUUGACUUUUUACGGAAGCACAAAGAAAUCACUGCACAGUCAGAUGCCAGUGAAAUUCGACAGGACUGGAAACCUACAUUCCUUAGUAAUGAAGAGUUCACACAGUUAAUGUUGGAGGCUCUUGAUGGCUUUUUUUUAGCAAUCAUGACAGAUGGAAGUAUAAUAUAUGUGUCUGAAAGUGUAACUCCCUUACUUGAACAUUUGCCAUCUGAUCUUGUGGAUCAGAGUAUAUUUAAUUUUAUCCCAGAGGGGGAACAUUCAGAGGUUUAUAAAAUACUGUCUACUCAUCUUCUGGAAAGUGAUUCAUUGACCCAAGAAUAUUUAAAAUCAAAAAAUCAACUAGAAUUUUGUUGCCAUAUGCUGCGAGGAACAAUAGACCCAAAAGAACCACCUACAUAUGAAUAUGUAAGGUUUAUAGGAAAUUUCAAGUCUUUGAAUAAUGUCUCCAGCUCCGCACACAACGGAUAUGAAGGAACUAUCCAGCGGUCCCAUCGGCCUUCCUAUGAAGACAGAAUUUGCUUUGUCACUACAGUUAGGUUAGCUACACCUCAGUUUAUCAAGGAAAUGUGCACUGUUGAAGAACCCAAUGAAGAAUUCACAUCUAGACAUAGUUUAGAAUGGAAGUUCCUAUUCUUGGAUCACAGGGCACCUCCAAUAAUAGGCUAUUUACCAUUUGAAGUUCUGGGGACAUCGGGCUACGAUUACUAUCACGUAGAUGACCUAGAAAAUCUGGCAAAAUGUCAUGAACACUUAAUGCAAUAUGGAAAAGGGAAGUCAUGUUAUUACAGGUUCCUGACAAAGGGGCAGCAGUGGAUUUGGCUACAAACACAUUACUAUAUUACUUAUCAUCAGUGGAAUUCCAGGCCAGAGUUUAUUGUCUGUACACAUACUGUAGUAAGUUAUGCAGAAGUUCGAGCAGAAAGACGAAGAGAACUUGGUAUUGAAGAGUCUCUUCCAGAGAUAGCAGCAAAUAAAAGUCAGGACUCUGGGUCUGAUAAUCAUAUAAACACGGUCAGCCUCAAAGAAGCUUUGGAAAGAUUUGAUCACAGCGGUACACCUUCAGCUUCCUCCAGGAGUUCAAGGAAAUCAUCGCAUACUGCAGUCUCAGAUCCUUCAUCAGCAACGCCGACAAAAAUGACAAUAGACACUAACACUCCUCCAAGACAAAACUUAUCUGGUCAUGAAAAGACUGCACCAAGGAGGUCAUCGCUUAGUAGUCAGUCCUUAAACGCCCAAUCUGUUGGACAACCAUUAGCACAGCCAAUGAUAUCUCAGCCUGCAACUUUACAGAUCCAGCCAGGCAUGCCCCAGCCUAUGUUUCAGUUUUCAGCCCAAUUGGGAGCCAUGCAGCACCUAAAGGACCAGUUGGAGCAAAGAACACGAAUGAUAGAGGCAAAUAUUCAUCGGCAGCAAGAAGAGUUGCGUAAGAUUCAAGAACAGCUUCAAAUGGUCCAUGGUCAAGGGCUUCAGAUGUUUUUGCAGCAAUCAACUCCUGGAAUAAACUUUGGUUCUGUGCAACUUACUUCUGGAAAUUCUUCUAGCAUUCAGCAGCUUGCACCAAUAAACAUGCAAGGUCAAGUUGUUCAGGCUAAUCAAAUUCAAGGUGGUAUGAACACUGGGCAUAUUAGUACUCAGCACAUGAUACAGCAGCAGCCUUUGCAGAGUACAGCAACACAGCAUACACAGCAAAAUCUACUUAGUGGACACAAUCAACAGACUUCUCUUACCAAUCAAUCACAGAAUACACUUUCUGCCCCCUUGUAUAACACUAUGGUGAUUUCCCAGCCAACAACAGGAAAUGUGCUCCAGAUUCCAUCUAGUUUACCACAAAACAAUAACCAGAGUGCUGCAGUAACUACUUUCACCCAGGACAGACAGAUCAGGUUUUCUCAAGGUCAGCAGCUUGUCACAAAAUUAGUCACUGCCCCUGUAGCAUGUGGAGCGGUAAUGGUUCCAAGCACUAUGUUUAUGGGACAGGUGGUGACCGCCUACCCCACUUUUGCUGCACAACAGCAGCAGACACAGACAUUAUCAAUGACACAGCAGCAGCAACAGAGUCAGCAAGAGCAACAACAGCAGCUCAGUACAGUUCAGCAGUCGUCUCAAGCUCAGCUGGCACAGCAUCCGCAGCAGUUCUUACAGACAUCCAGGAUACUUCAUGGAAAUCAAUCCACUCAACUUAUUCUCUCUGCUGCUUUCCCACUACAACAAAGCACUUUUACUCAAUCACACCACCAGCAGCAUCAAUCUCAGCAGCAGCAGCAACAACUCUCACGACAUAGAACUGACAACAUAACUGAUCCUUCCAAAGUUCAGCCACAAUAGCAUGGGGAUUUGCUUCUUCUAGAAGCAAACAGCAGGGAGGGGCUGCUCCAUAAUCAAUUGCACUGAUGAUAGUAGAGGUAGAAGUCCAAAGGCUUUAUAAAGUACAGUAUUGAGGUCUACUUCUAACUUCUGGGAAUCUGUUUGCAGAAGAAACUACUACAGAAUGUUGUGAAGGUACCUUAGGUACAAAACAGCAAAAGAUAACAGGCACAUGGCCAACUUUGACAGUGUUUUAGUUGUCCCAAUGUUUGUGUUCUAAAGGAUGUGCUGCCACAUAAUAACUUGUCCAGGUCAAGUCUCAAAGCUUCAGUGAACUGAAAAGGGUACUAAAAAUUGGUAUUUUUAGUAGUCCUGUAGGUUUGUCGGUUGUGACCAUUGACAUGUGGUUGCUCAAGAUAAUGCUACAAAUACAGUCCAAAAGACAUUUAAUUUUUUUUUUUCAGAUUAUUAUGGGACAAGUAAAUAUUUUCAGAAUAUUGUGUGGAAUCAGAUUCUGUAUUGUACAGAUGUUGUAAAAUAAUGUGUAUAUGUCUGGAUAAAAGGAGAGAGCAAAAAUAUUUUAUAUGAUGCAUGAAAAUGUAAUCUUGUUGUUUGUAGCUUUGAAUAUGUUUCCCUAAAUUCUCACCAUGCUCAGACUAAUAUUUUCCUCUUUUGCCCUUUUGUUUACAACAUGAUGCAUCAUAAUUUUCACCUUUAAUGUGGGCACAAGUCUCUUGUUUGUGCUUUGUCUGCGAUGUCACAGUUUGUUCAGUGAGGUAUAGUGUGCUGGUCAGUGGACUUUCUGGAGUUAAAUUAUUGAUGAAACUUUUAUCUGAUGGUCACGCAUCAGGGUUCAAGACAUUCAGAUUUCAGAAAUAUCAUCCAUUAUUUCACAAUUAUUCAUUGUUUUUGAUUGAAAAUAGGAAUUUGCACUGCUUUAUUGUUGAUGGUUUGGAAUUUUACUCCCCAAUGCUAUCUUUUGAUAUAGAUCAUAGUUGGAAAUAUUUAUGUAAAAGGUUUAAAAAAACUCAUGAAAGUAAUUUUCAAGAAUGUGUCAGUUAUAGGAGUAAUUUGCACAACAAUAUAUUUACACUUAACAUUUUAGGCACUUUUUAACCACCUCUGUGGUGAGAAUUGUAACUUGUUAAAAUAUGUUGGAAUCUUUUUAUUCUCCUUUUAAAAAUUAGAUCUUUCUUUAGUCAGAACUGAUUCAGGGUUAUUUUAAAACAAGAAACCCAUAGUGCCUUGAUUUUAAUUCAGGUGAUAACAUUGAACAUCUUGAAUUAUGUUGUCUUGAAUCUGUUACAAUUUUACAAUUUUGAAGUCUUAGUGCAAUCUCAACAAAAGGUGUGUCAACUUCAUAGCUUUAUCUCAUUUCGUUCAUGUAUACAAGUAUUUUAACAGUUGUCUGAGUCAUGAGUAUUUUUAAAAGGAGUGGCUCCCCCCUCAAACAGUAAAAUGGAAAUUGAUAUUAAAUGAUUUACCUAUAAAAUAUAAAGGCAGGGGCUGUGCUCUUUAGUAAGCUGAUACUUUUUAAUUAGAUCAGAUCCAAAUUUACUUUGACUGGAAUUUAAUGGAAAAAUAAAGGGGAUUAGGACUGCAUGUUUAACACUGAGUAUUGAUUUGUAAGGGAUACCACUAAAUUAAGACUUCAGAAGGCAACCUCACUUCUUAAAGAUAAUAAAAAGUUCCAACAGAAAUUAUUUGCUAUUUUUAAAUGUUCAGUAGAUUUCUAUGGUACUAAUUCCUACAAACUACAUCUGCAGAGUAAAGUGAGUUAAUACCAAGCUAGACUACCAAAGUAGACUUGGUAGUUAAGAGAAAAUUAAUUAAAUUUAAGACUGAGGAGGGAAUGUUUUUAGUCAAGAAGAUGAAUUUAAAUUAAGAGUAUUAGGGAGAGCUGUAUGAAUGUAAUUAAAUUAUGGUUUAAUAUUAAAUAAUAGAAACAGUUUGAUUGUAUUAUUGGGUGAACAAAGCUGACUUAAAGGUAGAGCUAAUUUAGUGAGCACUAGAUUCAGUUAUUUUUUUGAGGCGUCUUCCUAAAAUUAGCCUUGCCUCUCCACUGUCAUCUCUUCAUCAGAAUAGCCCCCACGCUCCAAAUGAUAAAACAGCAGAUCAAUAGUGGACCCUGGAAGAAUCACAUUGGAAAAGGGAGGUGGGCAUAAGAGGUAAAGAACCAAAGAGAAUUGGAUUGGUUUCUGCUGUAGGAAGCCUCUUGCAACAAGGAGCAGGACAGGUACAAAUAUUAAACAUAUCCAGGAAACUUUCCAUCUCUAUGCUCUUUAAAGGGAUUUCUGUCAUUCCCUGAACCAGUACUAUUGUAAGAAACACAUUUUUUAAGCUAUAGAAAAGCAAAACUGCAUUGAAUUUUUUUUUAUUUCAAAUUGCCUUGCUUAAUCCUGCCAUACCGUUCCGCCUGUAUCCAAAAUUUAAGCUGCAUUGACCAGAGGUCCAUUCCAUAAAGACUUUUAGUGGGAAAUAGACCUGGUAGAUAAAAGUUUUGACUUAAUUACAAUAAAAUAGCACUAAAGAAAAUUGGGAGAGCUUUAAUAUUACUCUUAGAAUUAUAGUAUGGUGGUAAAACUAGCUAACAGGCUGAAACAUUUGCAGUUACAGAAAAAGAGCAUAACCAGCAGACAGCUGAGGGUUUUAAAUAUAAGAUUCACUCAAACCCCCUUUCAACCAAAAAAAAUACUGUGGAAGAUCAGACAAUAAAAAGGCAGCCUAACCUAGGUGUGAGGAUUUUUUAAUUGACGUAGCUAUUGGAAGAAGAUUAAGAGGAAACAUUCUGUAUUUCUAUGAAGAAGCCUUCCAUAAGCUCAGAGGGAGAAGUCAUCCAAAAACGAAGCUAUGAUUUCCUGUUAGCUGAUAAAGAGAAAUGGGUGGAGGGAAUCAUUAAAUACAUUUGAAAAGCUUCUGUCACGAUUCAGGCAAAUGUUUAGAAGAAAAAACUGAGAAAGCACACAGUAUUUCACUGUCUCAAUUGGUGUGGAUGCUUUCCUUCUGUUUCACUGAUUAUUAAAUGAUUUGUGUCCAAAUGAGCUUACUUCUACUCCUAUUAAAGUCAAUUGCAAAACUCCAUUGACUUCACUGAGAAGAAAAUGGGCCCCAAUCUGUUCUCUCAUCCAAUCAGCCUGUUUCUGCCCAGCUUAUUUGCUGGUCUGGCAAACCUGUUGUUUGUGACAUCCUAGAUAUCACAGCAGCAAAUGCUAUAAUGUGUACUAUUGCAGAAUGACUCUGACAGGAGUGAGGACGUUGGCUCAGAAGGAGAAAAUGUUGCAUUAUGGUUAAAUGCCUUGGUGACGUACAGUUAAGUAAAAUAUCAUGCUGUAUUUUCUUAAGAGUUUUGAUGAGAAAAUUAAGUUUGCCUGGUUUGGGUGAGAACUCAAGGAAAAGCCUCAGAAUUUCAGAGAGAAAAGAAAUAUAGCUAUUUUUAUAUUAUAUUUAAUAUAUAUUUGUAUAUAAAUAUGAAAAGAUUAUAGUAAGAAUUCUCCAUAUGCCUUCCAUUUUAUGGGAAAGUUUACCUCCUGGUGCGAUGGCUCCAGUGUAUCAAUAUCUUUGUAGACAUUAUGCCUGCUGCCAACCAACAUCAAAGUUAAUUAUCCCAAAUCCUUACAAGGGAUAGGCCCCAGUUCAGCAGUACACCCUAACUGGAAGCAUGUAAGUUAGUCCAGUUUUAGUCAGUGCUGCCAUAGCUUCUGAAUAGGGUCCUUAGUUCUCAGCAGUGCCCAUGCCAGCAAUUUUUCAUGGGUAAAAGAGAAACCCUUGCAAGACUCAAGUAGCACAGUUUUAAAAAGUCUUUGGGAAUAAUGAGAAGCACUUUACUGAAAAGAACCAUUUGGAGAACAGUUAAUUAUUUUAGGCAAUGGAACAGUUCAAAGGGAGCCCAAAGGAAUCAGAAUGUAGAAAAUUGUCAAAAAGAGACAUUUCUGGAAAAUGUUUCUAAAUGCGGUGAUCCUUUGAGGCUCUAAGUCUGAGAUUAAAAAGGCAUCUAAAAAUGGUUUGUUUUGUUUUAAUAUGGCCUUGAGAGAGGCUAAAUCUACAUAAAUAUUAGCUUCUGUUAGAGUUUUAUUUGAAAGUUGCACAACUGCCUGUGAGAGAAAUGAUCAGGAGGCAUAUUAGCCUGUUCAGUCAUUCUAAACAGCCCCUGGGGUUAUAAUUUGCAUUAAAAUAUGUGUAGAGGGUUUACAGCUGUGGCCUUUAGUAGACUACUGCAGUCACCAAUUCUAGAAUAACUAGUAUUCUUACAGAUGAAACCAGAUGUAGUUAUGAGUGUAUUUUAAGUGUUAUGGCAUCAUGCAGUGUUAGUACAUGCAUGUUAGAUUCAUAAGUGUCUCCAUUUGAAACCAUUCUUGAAACAAGAUACACUUUGAGAAUGACUGGGGAAAUUAUUAUUUUUGGCUGAAAGGGAGAGACUUUUUUUUACUCAUCCCCAGUGGAAGAUGUUAAAAGCUAUUUGAAAAUAAUUGGGAUAAAGAAUUUUGUAUGCAUUAUAUUUGAAGUUAAAUGUUGAAUGACUCAUAGUAAAUGAGAACAAUUUUGAGAUUUUUAAAUUAAAUGUUUGUCCAUGAGACUUUUUAAUAUCCUGAUUUUAACACUACAUUCCUUGUUUUUUUUCUUUAAUAAACAAGUAAUUUACA